AUUGUAAUGCUAAAAUUAAAAAUUAAUUUUUGAGUUUCAUCUAUUGAAAAUUGAAAUUGUGUUGGAAGUUAAUUAAAAUGUUGUAUUGAAUUAAAUUUUACAUCAUAUAAUUUUUUGUACGAUGGAUCUUUUUGUUUUACUUUCGAUAUUCUCCGCAUCGGUCAUUAUUGGGUUGUUUGGUUUUAUAUUUCGUUAUAAAUUUUUUCAAAGUGAACCUGAGAAAGUUGUACAAGAUGAUCCAGUCGAUAGACCUAGACCAGGAAUUCGCACACAACAUCGUAACACAUUACGUCGAAACAAUCGCAAUGUAGUUGAACCUAGAAAUGAAAAUGCUGAAAAUGACGAUGCUACAGCCGACCCUAGUAUUGUUGCUGCUAUAGAUCCAAAACUAGGAGCGAAAAAACGAGCAAAAUUGGAAGCUAAAGCAGAGAAAAAAGCCAAACGAGAAGCUGAUUUACAAGAACGUGAAGACCGUAAGAAAAAACAAGAUGCAGAAGAAUCAGAGAGAAAAGCUAAAGAAGAUCACGAAAAGCGACAAGAACAAGAGCGAUUAGCACUAGAAAAGAAAAUCGAAGAAGAAAAGGCUAAAAAAGAGCAUUUAGAGUACAUACAAUUAAAAGAGACCUUUGGUAUAGAAGAAGAAGGCUAUGAAGAAACAUUAGAGGAUGAAGGAGUGACAUUAACUCAAUUCAUUGAACACAUUAAGGAAAAUAAAGUAAUUGUCUUGGAUGAGCUUGCUUUAAAAUUCAAAUUAAAAACUCAAAUUGUAAUAGAUAGGAUUCAAAGUUUAUUAGAAGAAGGCUCAUUAACCGGUGUAAUUGAUGAUAGAGGGAAGUUUAUUUAUAUAUCACAAUCUGAACUUAAUGCAGUCGCUUCAUUUAUCAUAAAACGUGGGAGAGUAUCAUUAAUGGAAUUGGCAGAACACAGCAAUAAUUUGAUUGUUCUUGAUAAACCAAUUUCUGCAGUAUAAAAUUAAACAGCUGUAUCUUUUAUAAAACAUAAAUCCCUAUUUGAAUCAUAAAUUAAAAAAUUGAAUUUUUAUACAA